GUUUCCUGCGCCAUUUCGAUCAUUUCUAGAGGUCGCACCAUAUAUACACUAUCCGUCCUCAUACUCUUUCAUUGGCUAAAAUUCCAAUGACGUAAUAUCCCAAGGUCCUACCUUAUUUAUCAAUGCUAUCGAAGAAAACCGGCGGUCUAUAAAGCAAGCGGAGGAACAAUUCUGUCCCUUAUGUAUCUAUCAUUCUCGAACUAACAAAGGGCGCACAAAAUAUGAGAGGAUCGAGGCUUCACAGGCUGGCGUUGAGACUCUUGCUUGUGAAGAUCGAGAAGAUGCUGCUGCUGGUUGCUGUCGCCCUUACGGUUGCUGUCACACCGUGUCUCUGCCAGUCUAAUGUGACCAAGCUCUAUCUCCUGGGCCUCUUCCCUGAAUCGGGGCCUUGGGCAGGAGCGGAGACUGCCCUGCCCGCUGCCCAGUUAGCUGUCGACGACAUCAACGGCAAUCCUGAUGUUCUACCUGGGUACGAGAUAGUUCUUAUACCAAGGGAUACAGAGUGCAAUGGUGGCAAGGCUACAGAUAUAAUGUACAGGGAGCUCUACAACACUUCCACCACUAAGACUAUGAUAAUCGGCGGAGGCUGCUCUCUGGCAACCGAGCCGACUGCGCAGGCGUCGCAUUUCUGGAAUCUCAUCCAGAUAUCUUACGCUGCGUCUUCGCCCAAGCUAUCCGACCGACUACUGUACCCCCGGUUCUUCCGUUUGUAUCAACCCGAGACGACCUUCAACCUUGCCAAGCUGACCUUGAUUAAGAAGUUCAACUGGACGAAAGUGGCGACAAUUUACGAAUCGCUUCCACUAUUUUCCUUGACCUUUGCAGAAUUCCACCAUGAAGCAAAAAAAGCCGGAAUUGAGGUCAUAGCUCAAGAGACAUUUGGAGAUGAUCCAACUACGCAGAUGGAACACUUAAAAGAGUCGGGGACUCGCAUCAUAGUCGGUGGGUUUUACAGCGAUGCGGCAAGAAAGGUGUUUUGUGCUGCUUACCAUCUGAAGAUGUUCGGUGCAAAGUAUGUCUGGAUUUUGCCAGGAUGGCUGGCUUUGAACACCUGGCUGGUACCCGACGACACCAUUGAUUGUUCACUGGACCAGCUGAAGGAAGUAGCCGGCUACCAGUUCGGGGUCAACGCACUUAGUCUUCUGCCCGAUACUCACCAGACUCUGUCAGGAAUGACCACCAGCGCGUUACUGGCGAGAUUCAACGCGUCGGUCGGCACAGACGAUCCAGAAUCCCUGGUUGGUUUUGCCGAGAUUCCGUUUAGCUAUGACACCAUCUGGACUGCUGCUCUUGCUCUACACGAGGCCGAACAGCAGCUCGAACAGUUAGAUCCACCAAAGACACUGGCUGAUUUCACCUAUGAUGACAACACCACUGUACAAAUACUCUUUGACGUUAUCAGCAACAUGACAUUCCAGGGUGUAUCGUGGGAACGUUAUUCAUAUGUUGAACUACCCUUUGUGUAUUCCAGUGUGAUCAAGAUGUCGAGCCCCAACAUCAACAACGUGAUGCUGAUUGGUGGAAUGCUAGCCUACGUCUCCAUCAUCUUCCUGGGUGUGGAUACCAACAUUGCAUCCACAGACACCUUCGUAUCGAUGUGUCGGGUCAAGACAUGGUUUCUGCCCAUCGGGUUCUCCCUGGCAUUCGGCGCCAUGUUCAGCAAGACCUGGCGAGUCCACAAGAUAUUCACCAACAAAACUGCAAUGAAACGGGUUGUAAAAGAUAAGUGGUUGUUCGGCUGUGUCGCUGUUUUGAUUCUCGUGGAUGUUGUGAUUCUAAUCGUUUGGGAAAUUUUCGACCCACUGGAAGCAGUAGAGCGGAUUGGAGCUACAAAGAUUGACGACGGAAAUGACGACAUCGUCUACACACCAAUCCGUAUGAUGUGCGAAUCUAGGAACCAGACCUACUGGAUUGGUGCCUUCUACGUCAUCGAUGGUCUGCUGUUGAUAUUUGGAGCUUUUCUGGCCUGGGAGACCAGGAAAGUCUCCAUGCCAGCGCUCAAUGACUCCAAAUACAUCGGCGUCUGUGUCUACAACGUCUUGAUCCUUUCCUUCGUUGGCGCUCCGGUGUCGUUUAUUCUGGAGGAGCGAAACGCCCACUACGCCCUGGUAGCUACCCUGAUCUGGCUGGCUACUACCCUGACUCUCUGUGUGGUGUUUGUUCCAAAAAUUCGAAUGAGGAACGAGGUGCAGCCGGCCCAGAGCGCAUUGGUCACCCAGCUGACUCAGUGUCAUCCGAGUGGACACUCUCCGGCCACCGAGGAGGUACAACGGCUGCGUCAAGAACUGAACAAAAUGAAGGGCCACUUGGACAACCUUGGGAUAAAGUAUCCAAUGUAACCUGUAGCGGUUUCAGAUUAUAAGUUCACAAUUAUCGAUUCGUCUUAAUUUUUUUGUUAAUUAUCACACUUUAAGUCUCAAUGUUACAUUUGAACUUUAAUGAUCGUUCCUGUAUCCUCAUGAAUGCGUUACUCAUAGUUUUUCUUGUAUACACACCCACACAAUGUG